AAAUCCUGCUGGCUGUGAUCACAGUUGUCAACAUUUACACUUUCGAUUUUUAUUCUCUCCACUUCCAUUUGUAUCAUCCUUUAGUACUGACUAAUUAUUUUCUCUAAGACUUUAUAUGGCUUGAUUCACCUGGCUGACAAUCAAUUAGUUAACUCUACCAUGGCUCCAGAUGCUAACGUCCUGCGAAGCGUGUCGAAAGAGAAUUUAUCACGAGCACUGCGCCUCAAACGCGGAAAGAAAAUUUUGGUGAUUGAUCCAAAACUGGUACCCACUCUUGACCUGAUCGCUAACUAUAGAUUUCUGCAGGAUCAUGGUGUGGAAAAAAUAGUUCAUCUGUCCGCCGGUCCACCUAUGCCUUCGGAUUCUGUGAACCAAGUGUUGUACUUUAUUCGGGCAGAUAUCGUUUGCGCUAAAAUAGUUUGCGACCAAAUUACAAACAAUAUUAGUCGUGGAAUCUCGUUGACGUAUGGCGUGGUCGUGGUUCCACGCCUUCUGCAUAUCAUAACUGCCCUUUUUGAAUCCGAAGGGAUCUAUGAACACGUUUCAUUUGGACAGUAUGCGUAUGAAAUGAUACCGUUGGAAGAUAACAUAUUUUCACUGGAGAUGGACGAUGUGGUUCCUCAGCUGUGGUUACAUCAGGACACUUCCAUGCUUGCCAGUGUAGCAAAAGCAAUUUUUAACAUCAGGGGAAUUUAUGGAGAUUUUCAUCACGUGGUCGGUAUUGGGCCAUAUGCAAAGUCCGUUUUGAAAAUGCAAACGGAAUUUGAGAGAAUUCAUUCCAACAAUUUGAGGUCACACAACAGGCAAGAGGCUGACAUUCCCACCCUUAUUCUUGUGGAUCGAGCACUUGAUUUCGUGUCGCCACUUUUAAUACCCCUUAGUUAUGAAGCUGUAUUGGACGAAGUAUUUGGCAUUAAGGGAAAAACUAUUACCUUUGGUGCUGACGUUACAGGCAAAGAACCUGUGAAACAUAAUCUAACUACGGAUCCAAUUUUUGACAAAGUUCGAAAUCUGCACUUUUCUCAAGUUGUUAGUUCACUUUUGGCCAAGGAAAGAGACACAAGACGACUUCAAGAUGAAAGCGCUGGGUUAAAUCUACAAGCAAUGAAAAACUUUGUUGCAAAAGACCUUCAUAAAAUACAAUCCUUAAAGAAAACGCUAGCUCUGCAUUUUGGUGCCUUUGAGAUGAUGAUUGAUAAGAACAAAUCUCUAAACUUAAAAAAAUUGGUCGAUCUCCAAGAAAAUAUUCUAGACAAUCUGGACAACAAAGAAACCUUAAAUUUUUUGGAGGAUAGCAUGUCGCGAGAAUUGGAUUUUAAACAGAUAUUGCGGCUGUUUUGUUUGUGCACCUUAGCUCAAGAUGGGCUCAGAGAUUUAAAAUCUUUGACAACACAAUUUGUUCAGAGUUAUGGGUUUAAGCAUUUGAUAAGCCUUCAUAAUUUGGAAGCAGUGGGGCUCCUGUAUAAUUUUACUGGGAUUGAGGCAAAUGUGAAAGGCGUUGCACAAGUGAUGAAUCGAGUGGCAUCGUCUUCUCCAUUUUCUUCUUCUGGAAACACCGGAAAUGUAAAGAAACAAACGAUGGUGCCUUAUCAAAACAUCGUAAAAAAAUUAGCACCCUCGAGUAACGUACAAGUCGAUGUUAUUUCACAAAACCACCCAUCUUACAUUUUCAACGGAAAAUAUACACCGUUGGUAGCAAAAUUAACUGAAGAAAUAAUAUCAAUUCUAAUUGCUCCAAAGAUGAACUCUGCUCUAAUCGAAAGGAAACUUGAAGAUUUAAUGAAAAUGUACAAUGUUACAAGUUCUACUGUGAAAUGCAAAUCUGGAGUAGAAGCGUAUGGUCGUGGUCGUAACGUACUAGUUUUUGUCAUUGGAGGAAUAUCGAGAGGGGAAAUUGCUGCUUUACAGGUCGUUGCCAAAAAUCUUAGCUUUAAUAUUAUUUGUGGGGGCACAGAUAUAACAAAUGGAACAAAACUAGUGAGUUCUUUGAUUGCUACUUCUUGAGAGAUUAUUUUUUACUUACGACAUUGCAAUAUUUAACAUGAAUGAUGACAUUACUUAACUUAAUUUUGAAAAUGAAUCCUAUAAAUACAUAUGUAAUAAAAAAAACUCCUCACUUUUAUAUAAAA